CUUUCUGCCAAUGUUGACUUGAACUCUAAGGAUUAAACUGGUGUAGCUAACGGCAUUACCAGUCAGGUUUGGCGAACUUGAUGUGAGUUCCAGGGAAAGGGUUGGUGGUAUCUUUGUUUGACACAAAAGAUUAGACCAACACAGUCUACACCCAGCUGGUGUACUUUUCCCCUCAAAUGAACCUCUACCGUUUGCCUUGAGGCUGAUAAGGAGAAUGGUAACAGAAAGAGUUUUGAGCAAAAUGUAGAAACCUUCUCUUGCAGGAAAUGAGGUAAAUCAGAGAAGAAACACUCUUCUGAUUGAAUGUUUUUUUUGUAGAUUUCAGACAUUUCUGGAGUCCUCUCUGUCCUGUGUGACUAUCAUGCUAUGUUACACGGUGAUUGUGGCCACAGGAAAUAAGUGGUUUGAAGGCACGGAUAGCUAUAUCUACAUCACACUGGUGGGUAAAGAGGGAUGCAGCGAGAAGACCCUUCUGGAUAAACCUCUCUACAAUGACUUUGAGAGGGGGGCAGUAAGUUGUGUUUAACUUCUGAUGAACUGAGAGGAGUUUUACUUAGUAGUAAAUGAUGUGCAAGACUGAACUUGAAUCUGGCAGGUAUUCAGGUAUUUUUCAGAGGGCUGAUACACCCAGAUGGUAAAAUCAAACAUUGUUUUAUCACUCUAAACAAAUAUUUGCUGUGAGGAGGGUGUGACAACUUCUAAUGUGUACUCAUCAGAGCAUAAUAGUUUCUAGUUUAGGAACAGGCUGUUUUGACUGGGGUGGCCAAACUGGGGCACUAGAGUUUACAUGGGCAUUUACAGAUUGACCCUUAUCACUUCUAAGAAAUAUAUUUACUUUUUCUGCUAACAUUAAAAAUGCAAAAAAAAAAAUGCAAAAAAAAAAGGAAAAAUAAUAAUAAUAAAAUAAUUAUAUUCUUGUUAGAUUUUCACUGUAAAGCUCCUCUCUUGUCUUUGCAGAUUAUGGUGCCAUCCUGUCGCCCAAGAUAACACCUCAUGACUUAGCUGAUCUUGUUCUGUACUUCAGGCUAAUUAUUUUCAAUAGUUUAAGGAUAAUGUUACUCAGCAUUUAAUUGUUAAAAAUCAUGUGGUAAAAUAGUUUAAAAAUGAAGAUAUUCAAUACUAAUUUUAUCAAGUGCUUAACUACUGUUAUAUAUGUAUUAUUACUUAUAUUGUAUGAUAUGUCAUGAUUGUACAUGUGUGCUUGAUGUAACUGAUUUUUCGUUUCCAGAUAGACUGCUAUGAGUUAAACGUUGGGAAGGACCUGGGUGAGAUUCUAUUGGUGAAGAUAGAGAAGAAGAAGUACAGGAUCCAGGAUGACUUGUACUGUAGGUACAUUGCUGUCAAGACCCCCUCUGGAGACUACAUCGAGUUCCCCUGUUACCGCUGGCUGGUAGGCAACAAAGAGGUGACACUAAGAGAUGGAAGAGGUAGAAAUCAGACAACUAAGAAACUAUCCAUCUUUUAUUUCCAUAUUUCAGAGUCUGCACAUGCUCUGUCUGCUCCAUCCCUCACUUUUUCUUGUGUUUUUUUUGCAGCACGUCUACCUCAGGAUGAUAAGACCGGCUUGGUGAAGCAGCAAAGACAAAAAGAGCUGGAAAUGAGGAGGGAAACUUACAGGUAAGAUCUUUAUUAAUGCAUGAUUAAAAGGUGCUGGGGAUGGUUUGUAACAACUCUACUCUGCUUUAUAGAUGGAAGGAGUGGCAGCCAGGUUUCCCAAUGAGCAUCGAUGCUGAUAAAUACAGUGAUUUACCACGAGACAUCCAGUUUGACAGUGACAAGAACGUGGAUUUCACUCUGAACUACAGUAAAGGGUAUGUGCUUUGUAACAGCAGUAGAAUUUAUCAGAUUUUCACCUACGCUAGUGAUCUUCUAGUGAACCAGUGGAGUGUUUUUCAGAGGAGUUUUCCCAUGAAACACGUAAUAACAUGUUUACCUUACAACAGAAGUCUCAUUGUGUUUGCCAUCAUGGAAUUUUGCACAUGUUCAUGCAAGCUUGAGGAAAUCAAAACAAAACCGGUAGCAUUAUCUGAGGUGCUGGGAUGGGAGAUAAUUUUGAUUAUUUGCCAGAUUGAGCUUUGAAGAUGUAAACAGAAAUGUUGGAAUAUGUUGAAGGAAAUUUCUUUCAAAAACUGUCAAAGUUUAAUAAAGUUAGACCAUCUUUUUUCUCCCCCAUGAAUUCAUUUAUUUUAAAGUGUAACUUGCAGGUUCAUUUUUCAACAUUAUUGCAUGACUUCAUCCAUAAAUAGCUGCUCAGCAAGUUAUUAACUCGUUUUCUAUAUUUUAUGAGACACGCAGGUGUAAAUUUGUCAGUUUUUGGCAAAACAGUCAUUGCUUAUCUUCUCCUCUUCAUGCUUACAGAGUCUUUAGACAACAAAUCUCAGCCUGCCAAUUCUUGACAGACAGAUAAAUCAUUUUUUGUGAAAUAUUUUGGGCAGAAACUUUAAAAGCAAGGCUACUUCUAACCAUCUACCCCUGGCAUCAGUUUUAGGCUUUAAGAGAUCAGGCUACAACAGGGUCUCCAAACUGCAAGUUGCCCUUGAACGGCAGUGUUUCAGUCAUAGAAAAAUGAAUUUUACAUCCUGAUGAGAAUAUAGCAAAAGAGGCCAUGAUGACGAGUAAGAGAAUUAUGAGCAUUAUGAUAAUGAAAUUCAUGUAUUUGCAGAAUAGAGAACCUGUUUUUGAAUAAGUUCAUGAACAUGUUCCAGUCCUCAUGGAGCGACUUUGAAGACUUUGAGAAAAUCUUUAUUGGGAUCAAAAACACAAGCUCAGGUAAGCUCUUUUAAAUAUGUAUGCAUUUAUGAAAGAAUAUGAUUUAUGUUACAACACAAACUUUAUCGUAAAACGGACGCCUUAAGUGGUCAGAGACUGCGGAGCCAAAACACCCAGAGCUCCCUCAAAUGACUGACUGCAGUAUAGGUCAUAAGCGCCGCCUCCUUUGUAUCACUGAUGGGACAUUGGUCAAACUUUGAUUGAAACACAUGUUAAAUAAUCAGUUUCCAUCUGAGGGAUCUUUUCUGUUUUAUUGGUAUGUUUAAUGUGUGAUUUGGAUGGUUGAAGGGGUGCAGUCAUUCAGUUCUGGGGCUUCACCUGCCAGAUCAGAACAAAUUUAAGGAUUAUAUUGGCCUCACAUCUUAUGAUGAGAAAAGCAAUGGAGGCGCAGCGUCCAUGUUACUAUACAGUUGAUAGUUUGUACAUGUAAGAAUGAAUAUUUGCAGACAUGGGAGUUGGAAUUUAUAUAUAAAACAAACUAUGUGAUUACACUUCAUCAACUCAUUCAAAAGUGAAAAUGCAUGUGAACUCUUCUGCUUUGUAUUAUACUCCAGAGUAUGUAAUGCAACACUGGAAGGAAGACUUCUUAUUCGGGUACCAGUUCCUGAAUGGUUGCAACCCAGUAAUAAUCCAAAAGUGCACCAAACUUCCUGACAAGUUCCCCGUCACUCAUGAGAUGGUUUCUGUCAGUCUGGAGAGAGAAAUUACUCUGGAGCAGGAAAUAGAGGUAGGCGUGUCAAUUCAUUUCAACCAAUUAAAAUUGAUUUGAAAAACUUUCACAGUCAGCCUAACCUUGCAGAGUAUAAAUGGCGCCAACAUUUAGUAGCACCAUCCUGCCCUUUGGGUGGAUUUCUCAGGGGUUCCUCAAGGCACUGGUCUAGCUCCUUCCCCGUUCACUCUAUAAACAUCAGACCUUACCUGGUUUAUUCUAAAACAAACCUUUAAGUAUUAGCGUCUAUAUCUUAACAACUAACUGGACUGGACUGCUAUUCCCUCCACGCUAGCCAGAGGAGAAGCUGCAAUAGUGGGUGGUUCAUUUCUGGGUUGGUGUUUGAAAUUUGUUAAUCAAUGUUCUGUUUUUAGGCAGGUAACAUCUUCAUAGUGGACUUUGAGGUGUUAGAUGGUAUCAGUGCCAACAACACAGAUCCAAACACUCCACAGUACCUGGCAGCUCCAAUCUGUCUGCUGUACAAGAACACUCAGAACAAGAUCCUGCCAAUUGCCAUACAGGUACUGUGACAACACUUAAAAGAAACUACUUUUUUCCUCCACACAACUCCUUUUUUUAGAAAUCUUCUACUUGUCAUGUCUUCAACAGCUUGGUCAGACUCCAUGUAAAGACACGCCAAUCUUUCUGCCUACUGACAGUGAGUAUGACUGGCUGCUGGCUAAGAUCUGGGUCCGCUCAGCUGACUUCCAACAGCACCAGACCAUCACACACCUGCUCAAGACUCACCUGAUGUCAGAGAUGUUAGCUAUUGCCAUGCUCAGACAGCUGCCUGCUGUUCACCCUGUGUACAAGGUAAAACGCUAUCCUUUGAAAACACUAGGGCAAGGUCAACAGUCACAAACCCUAUAUCAUCUCGCCUUUCAUAUAAAUUCACAGGAAAGCAAUGGUUCAACCAAAGGUUAGACUGCUGUGCUGGCAUUGGUGGUAUGAACAAGCCACUUGCAAAUGCACGGUUAUUCUUCAAGAGUACAGAAAUUUGGUUCUAAUUUCAACACACUUUGUACUUCCAUAGUGAAUUUCACAACAGUAUAAUAUAGAGGUCUAAGUAUAUGAUUUAAAAUUUUAUUAUCCCGAUGGCACUGAAAAUGACGGAAACCUCAAUGUCCCUUUGAGAGCAAAAUAAAGAAAUAAAUCGAAGUAAAUUAUAGAGUUAUGAAAACACAAGAAGCAUAGCAGUCAAAUACACUCUCACACACACAAAGUCCUGUUCUGCCCUACUGGCUCCAACGCUACACAUGGCAACCAUACUCCCUCCAUUAUACCAUUGUUAGUGCCACCCGCAAUGGUGGAUCAAGAUCAGAGCAAAUUCACCCCACUGCUCCUCCUUUGUGCAUUACACACUGGAGAUGAGGUAUAACAGGAGCAUUGAUAUCUUGCCUUGAAAUCUCAGUAGGUAAAUGCCAACAGAGAGAUUACAAAAGCAGGGCAUAGUUACUGUGAACUUGUGGAGCAGCUUAGAGUACAGUGGCAUGAAGACAACAGAGCUUUUUCACUGUUUAGUCGCAAACCGGCUAUAUGAAAAGGACUUCAGUGUUGUCUAUUAAAGGAUUGUUAAACCUGACAAUUGAUGUUUUUUUUCCUCAGCUUCUUCUCCCACAUGUUCGUUUCACCAUCGCUAUCAACACCAAGGCCAGAGAGCAGCUUAUCUGUGAAGGUGGCCUCUUUGACAAGGUGAGAUAGAUAGAUAGAUAAGAAGCAAUUAUGCUAUACAAACAAAAAUCCAUUGAUUGAUUGAUGAUGAUGCAUCUAUCAUUUUUAAGGCCAAUGCUACAGGUGGAGGUGGUCACGUCCAGCUGGUCCAAAAAGCCAUGAAGUCUCUGACCUUCAGGUCUCUGUGCUUCCCUGAUAUGAUCAAGUCUCGUGGCAUUGACAAGAAGGACGAGCUGCCCACGUACUUCUACAGAGAUGAUGGUUACAGGGUGUGGGAAGCCAUUAAGAGGUGCCAAUGACUCUUUUUUAUUUUAUUGUCAUAGUUUUUGAACUAUUUGUGCAGCUGAUUACUAAAAAUUGUGCCUUUGAUGGACAGAAAAACAGUCACACAAAGGAUGAGGGGAAUGUUCUGCUCUUCUCUGUGUGAUGGAGUUUUAAAGAAAAAGAAAUUUAAUUGAUUUCCAAGUAAUUCCUCUGCUGUCCUCCAGCUAUGUGUCUGAUGUGGUGCACAUCUACUACAACAGUGAUGAGACUGUGCAGGAAGAUGAAGAAAUCCAGGCUUUUGUCAAUGAUGUGCGCAGCAGUGGUAUGCAGGACUUUGAACACUGUGGUAGGAGCACAUUGCAGAAAUUAUUUUAUUAUUUUAUUAUUCCUUCUUUAAAACAACAAUCAAAUAGAAACACUAAACUAUUACUUUUCAUUGGUGUAGAGCAGAAACAGAUGUGACAGUGAACAGACAGCAUCUUAAAUUCAUAUCUGCUCUGUCAGAGUUGAAUGGUUUGAGGUUGACAACAGGAAGCCACACGACUCACAGUGAUGGUGUCACUGUCUGAGCUCCACUGUUGUAAUCCAUUGUCCACAUUCCCCUCGUACAGGAAGCUUUACAGAGACAAAAAGGGGUUUGCAAGGAUUAAAUCUGACUUUCUGAUUUCUUGUGCCAACAAUCUACGGACAGGGUUCCCAAAGUCCCUGAAAACACGUGAGGAGCUGACAGAGUACCUGACCGUCGUUGUGUUCACUGCUUCAGCUCAACAUGCAGCUGUUAACUUUGGACAGGUGAGUCAUGUAUAGAUAAUGAUAUUCUUAUUUUCUAAGACUGUUUUGAAAGUUAAAAAAAUAAUAGAGGGGUUCUUUUACAGAUUUGUUUACAUCUGCUGUAUACGGUCAAAGCAAAAAAGCUAAAAGCACAGAGGAAGUGUUCAUAUCAGUCACCUGUCCAGAAUAUAAAUGUUUUUUGUGUGUUUAUUGUGUAGUUUGACUGGUGCUCCUGGAUCCCUAACGCUGCACCAACCAUGAGAAGACCCCCACUCAACCAGAAGGGUGUGACUGAUAUGAACUUCAUAAUGGAGAGCCUCCCUGAUCGUGGACGUUGUAGCUGGCACCUUGGAGCCAUAUGGGCCCUCAGCAAAUACCAGGAAAAUGAGGUAGUGACAUUCAGAGCCCAAACACCAGCAACCAUCUUCAGUACAAACUACAUUUCUGUUCCUCCAAGAAGCUUCCCUUACCCCUUAAUAUUUGAUCUUAAGGUGGUACUCGAGACUGGAUUACCUCUCUCUUAUCUCUCUGCAGCUGUACCUGGGCAUGUACCCUGAUGAGCACUUCACAGAGAAGCCGGUGAAAGAGGCCAUGGAGAAUUUCAGGAAGCAGCUGGCAGAGAUCACCAGCUCCAUCAAAAAGAGGAAUGAGGGGAAGAGGCUGCCGUACUACAACAUGUCUCCUGACAGAAUCCCAAAUAGUGUCGCUGUUUAA